GCCAACCCCCUGCCCGGGGCCACCUGGGACCUGCUGCCCCACUUCCUGCUGGAGCCGGCGGACGUCUACAUCGUCAAGAACAAGCCCGUGAGCCUGGCCUGCCGGGCCACCCCCGCCACCCAGAUCUACUUCAAGUGCAAUGGGGAGUGGGUGCACCAGGGCGACCACAUCACCCAGCACAGCACUGACCGCAGCUCCGGGCUGCCCGUGAUGGAGGUCCGCAUCGACAUCUCCCGGCAGCAGGUGGAGAAGAUCUUUGGGCUGGAGGAGUACUGGUGCCAGUGCGUCGCCUGGAGCUCCUCGGGCACCACCAAGAGCCAGAAGGCCUAUGUGCGCAUUGCCUACUUGCGGAAGAACUUUGAGCAGGAGCCGGCAGCCAAGGAGGUGCCGAUCGACCAGGGCAUUGUGCUGCCCUGCCGCCCCCCCGAGGGCAUCCCACCAGCUGAGGUGGAGUGGCUGCGCAACGAGGAGCUGGUGGACCCGGCGCUGGACGCCAACGUGGACGUGACGCCCGAGCCCUCCGCCGCCAUCACCGUCUAUGUGAACGGUGGCUGGUCGACGUGGACAGAGUGGUCGGCCUGCAGCGCCUCCUGCGGCCGCGGCUGGCAGAAGCGGAGCCGGAGCUGCACCAACCCGACGCCCCUCAACGGCGGGGCCACCUGCGAAGGCCAGAGCCUGCAGAAAAGUGCCUGCACCACCCUGUGCCCAGUGGACGGCGGCUGGUCGGAGUGGAGCAAGUGGUCGGUGUGUGGCCUGGACUGCACGCACUGGCGCAGCCGCGAGUGCUCGGAGCCAGCGCCUCGAAACGGUGGGCAGGAGUGCCAGGGCCCCGAGCUGGAGACCCGCAACUGCACCAGCGAGCUCUGCACCCACACCGCCUCGGGCCCCGAGGACGUGGCGCUGUACGUGGGGCUGAUUGCCGUGGCAGUGUGCCUGGUGCUGCUGCUGCUGGUGGGCGUCCUGGUGUACUGCCGCAAGAAGGAGGGGCUGGACGCCGACGUGGCCGACUCCUCCAUCCUCACUGCUGGCUUCCAGCCCGUCAGCAUCAAGCCCAGCAAGGCAGACAACUCCAACCUGCUCACCAUCCAGCCCGACCUCAGCACCACCACCAUGACCUACCAGGGCUCACUGUGCCCGCGCCAGGAUGGGCCUGGCAAGUUCCAGCUGAGCAACGGGCACCUACUGAGCGCGCUGGGCGCCGGGCGCCACACGCUGCACCACAGCUCGCCCAGUGCCGAGGGCGUGGACUUUGUGACGCGGCUCUCCACCCAGAGCUGCUUCCGCUCCCUGCCCCGCGGCACCGCCAACGUGGCCUAUGGCACCUUCAACUUCCUGGGUGGCCGGCUCAUGAUCCCCAACACGGGGAUCAGCCUGCUCAUCCCGCCCGACGCCAUCCCCCGGGGCAAGAUCUACGAGGUUUACCUGACGCUGCACAAGCAGGAGGACGUGAGGCUGCCCUUGGCCGGCUGCCAGACCUUGCUGAGCCCCAUCGUGAGCUGCGGCCCCCCAGGCGUGCUGCUCACGCGCCCCGUCAUCCUGGCCAUGGGCCACUGCGUGGAGGCCAGCGCUGAGAACUGGAGCAUCCGCCUGAAGAAGCAGUCGUGCGAGGGCUCCUGGGAGGACGUGCUGCACCUGGGCGAGGAGCCGGCCUCCGAGCUGUACUACUGCCAGCUGGAGCCGCAGGCCUGCUACGUCUUCACGGAGCAGCUGGGCCGCUUCGCCCUGGUCGGCGAGUCGCUCAGCAUGGCGGCCUCCAAGCGCCUCAAGCUGGUGCUCUUCGCGCCCGCCUCCUGCAGCUCCCUGGAGUACAACAUCCGCGUGUACUGCCUCAGCGACACCCAGGACGUCCUCAAGGAGGUGAUCCAGCUGGAGAAACAGAUGGGGGGGCAGCUGAUUGGGGCCCCCCGUGUCCUGCACUUCAAGGACAGUUACCACAACCUGCGCCUCUCCAUCCACGACAUGCCCAGCUCCCUGUGGAAGAGCAAGCUCCUGGCCAGCUACCAGGAGAUCCCCUUCUACCACAUCUGGAGCGGGCUGCAGCCCUACCUGCACUGCACCUUCACGCUGGAGCGCCUCAGCCCCAGCACCUGCGAGCUGGCCUGCAAGAUCUGGAUCUGGCAGGUGGAAGGCGACGGGCAGAGCUUCACCAUCAACCUCAACAUUGCCAAGGACACAAGGUUCUCAGACUGGCUGGCACCUGACGGCGAGGCCGGCCCCGCAGCCCUGGUGGGUCCCAGUGCCUUCAAGAUCCCCUUCCUCAUCCGCCAGAAGAUCAUCAGCAGCCUGGAUGCACCCUGCGCCCGCGGAGCCGACUGGCGGACCCUGGCCCAGAAACUCAACCUAAACAGCCAUCUCAGCUUCUUCGCCUUGAAGCCCAGCCCCACGGCCAUGAUCCUGAACCUGUGGGAGGCGCGGCACUUCCCCAGCGGCAACCUGGCGCAGCUGGCAGCCGCUGUGGCCGAGGUGGGCAAGCAGGACAGCAGCCUCUUUGCCGUGUCGGAGGCCGAGUGCUGA